GUCAGCUGACAUCACGGUUUCACUUCUGCAGGGCGAGAGGAGACGGAAGAUGUCUGUUCGAAUCCAGCCGAUCCAGUUUACCACUGACUGCAAAGACCAGAAUUUCGAUGGCAUCAUCCUGAUUACCCAGAACUAUGAGCAGCUCCCAAAUGAGCUGGAGUGUCUGAAAGCCCCAUUGCAAGACUACAGUGCAGUGGACUGCUGCAUCAAGGAUGAGGUGGUGGUGCUCCGAGUUCCUGGUCUUCCUGGAAACAGGCUGGUUUGCUCCUGCACUGGUCCAGUCAAUCGAGACUAUGAUGACGUGCGGCGCUUCAGAGAUGCUGCCGCUAAUGGCAUUAAGAGGGCUCUGAAAGCUGGCCUCCAGCGCCCUCUGCUGGUUUGUCCUCCACACAGCAGCUAUGCCAAAAACACCCUUGCAGCUGUGCUCGGAGCCUUGCAAGUUCUCUAUGUGCCUUUGGAAGUGAGAGAGCACAAGUCUUCCCCUCAUAAAGUGGCCACUCUGGGCAUCUGGAUGAAGAACAAAGAGCAGGGAGAUGGCAUCGUUGAGCUCGCCAAUGCUCUGGAGAGUGGCAGGUUUGUGUAUCGUGAUAUCGGUGGCUCUGACCCAGAGCGGAUGGCAGCUCCGCGUGUGGCCGAGUACGUUCAGUCUGUCUUCAAGGACAGUCCUGUGACGGUGACUGUAGUGAGUAACUUGAAUACUCUGGAGAAGGAAUACCCAUGUCUGGCUGCAGUCAACCGCUGUGCUAAUGCUGUGCCUCGUCAUCAGGCUCGAGUGAUCAAGCUCCAGUACUGUGGAGAAGGACCCAUUGAACAGACCCUCAUGCUGGUCGGAAAGGGCAUCACAUAUGACACCGGGGGAGCUGACAUCAAGGCUGGAGGAAUCAUGGCUGGGAUGCACAGAGAUAAAUGUGGAUCUGCGGCUGUUGCUGGAUUCUUCCAGAUCCUUGCCAAACUUAAGCCCAAGCACCUGAAGGUUGUGGGUGCGAUGGCCAUGGUGCGCAACAGUGUUGGAUCUGAUUGCUAUGUGGCAGAUGAGCUUGUGGUGUCUCGUGCCGGUCGAAGAAUCCGAGUUGGAAACACCGAUGCUGAAGGCAGAAUGGUCAUGGUGGACUUACUGUGUGAGAUGAAGGAGCAGGCGCUGCAGGAAGUGUCUCCUCAUCUCUUCACUAUUGCCACUCUGACAGGACAUGCUAUCAGAGCCAUGGGGCCAAAAUACUCUAUCAUAAUGGACAACGGUGCUGCUCGACGUGCAGGAAACGAUCUGGAAUGGCAGAAAGCCGGAGAGGUGCUGGGAGACCUGUUCGAGGUGUCCACUAUUCGGCGGGAGGAUUAUGAGUUCCACAAAGGGAAGUCCGAGUAUGAGGACAUCCUGCAGGCCAAUAACCUGCCCUCAUCCGCUACACCACGAGGACACCAGACACCUGCAGCCUUCCUCAUCAUGGCUUCUGGACUGGAUCAGCAUGGAGUGGACUCAGCCAAACCUCUGCCUUACUCUCACAUCGACAUCGCUGGAUCCAGCGGACCCUUCCCUGGCGUCCCGACUGGGGCUCCAAUUCUUGCCAUGGCCACAAAAUACCUGAAGCUGUAAACGUCUGUCUUAAAGUUUUUGUCCUCCAUUUUUCAUUUCAUGACUUUGAUAUCUGCACUGUUUGGUACCAACUACACUGUUAAUAAAAAAAAAAUUAAAAAAAAAA